AUGACGGGCCGAACCCCCCCUGCAGUCUUCAACUCCUCCACUGCGCCGAUCGACCAAGAUUGGGUCGACGCUGAACUCAUUCCCUUCCUUCAGCGCGUCUACCCAGAGGAGCGUAAGACCACAAUGGAGUGGAACCGCCAGGUCGUCCUCGGAAGGGCACACCUAGAUUGGCUUGAUCAAUACCAAGACUUCCCGUUCACGAUUGAACGUCUCCGCCUCUGCCUCCUCAACUCAGAGCUCUUAACACCGGCGGAAAUGUCGCAGUUCAUCCCUGUCACUGAGAGAGGCAGCCUGCACUGCCUCCGUAUCUUCAUUCGCCACGCCAUUGUACACGGAUCGUACAUGCUGUAUUCCUUGGGAGACGACCCGAGUCCGGAGUUCCCUCGAGCAGGACAUACUAGUACUAGGCCGUCCAUCACAUCUCCAGCUGAAGCUGCCCCAGCGCGCUCGACCGCUGUCGCGGUGCUUGAAGCUAGGAAUGCGACACUGGAGAGGGAACUGGCCAGCCUUCAGGCUGAGCGUGGUCGUGGAAAUGGUCGCGGAAACGGUCGUGGAAGGGGUCGGCCUUCGCAGCCUCGUGGCGACUUCGUUGGACGUUCGGACCGCGGUGGUGGUCGUUUCAACCAAGGACCAAAUGCCCCUCCGAACAUACAACAGCCGCCAUCUCAGUUCCCUUCAAACACACCUCAAGGAAUACUGGAGCAAGCGGCGGUUUCGCGAUGCCGUCACAGCAAGGUGGCUACUCGUAUCAUCAAGGACAACCGGCUCAGCGUGGUCGUGGUUCUUCAGGAAGUCAACAAGGACAAGCACCAUCUCACCAAGGUCAUCCAACACGUCCUCAACAACCAGCUUCAGGAUCAGGUGCGAGCACUCACGUGCCUCGCCCUGAUGCUGAAGAGUUCUAUCCAGGAUCCAGAAAUGGCUACAACUGAUUCGGGACGGCUGAUUGGAAGUGAGACGAGUUUUUCCGGCAAGUGA